UUUGAACAGGAAGCAGAAUGUGCCUAUGUGGUCAUUCUGAUGGCACUGUACUGGUGCACAGAAGUCUUGCCACUGGCUGUGACAGCUCUUCUCCCAGUGGUUCUUUUCCCACUUUUUGGCAUAAUGCCAUCCAAAGAUGUGGGUAUGCAGUAUUUGAAGGAUACAAACUUGUUAUUUUUGGGAGGACUAUUGGUCGCUGUGGCUGUGGAGCACUGGAAUCUGCACAAACGCAUUGCUUUAAGGGUGCUGCUUUUUGUUGGCGUACGUCCUGCACUUUUGAUGCUGGGGUUCAUGGGUGUCACUGCAUUCCUGUCCAUGUGGAUCAGUAACACAGCUACAACAGCUAUGAUGGUGCCCAUUGUCCAAGCUGUGUUGGAUCAGCUCAACAACAGUGAAAGAGAGGCACCUCAGAUCCUCAGCUCAGAUGACCACGUCCAAACAUCGGACGCUGACAGCAAACCACCCACACAGACGGAAAAAGAAAAUGAAGGACAUGGCCCCGUGGUGGUGACCUUUUUAGAUGCUUCGGUAGAAAUUACCAGACAUAAGGAGGAAGCAGAAAGGCUGGAAAUGUGUAAAGGGAUGACCUUGUGUAUUUGUUAUGCUGCCAGCAUUGGAGGAACUGCCACACUGACAGGAACCGGUCCCAAUUUGGUGCUUCAGGGUGGGAUGAAUCAGCUGUUUCCUGAAAACGGGGAUGUGAUUAACUUUGCCUCCUGGUUUGGCUUUGCCUUCCCAAACAUGAUCCUUAUGCUCACAGCAGCUUGGCUUUGGCUGCAGUUUGUCUACAUGGGAUUCAACUUUAGGAAGACAUGGGGUUGUGGGAGUGAAAAGACAGAAAAAGAGAUCGCUGCCUAUAAUGUGAUCCGUGAGCAACAUCGUCUGCUGGGGUCCAUGUCUUUUGGAGAAAUAAGUGUUCUGGGUCUCUUCAUUUUGCUGGUGCUUCUGUGGUUCACGAGGGAUCCAGGUUUUGUCAACGGNUGGGCAACAGAUAUCUUUAACUCUGAAGCAGAGUAUGUGACAGAUGCCACAGUGGCAAUCUUUGUUGCCAUUCUUCUCUUUGUUCUGCCCGCUGAACCUCCACGUUUCUGUAAAAGGAGGUCUCAAAGUUUUGAUACAGCUUUGCGUCAGUCUUCUGGUUCAACACCACGGCUCCUAACCUGGAAAGCCGCCCAGAAGAAGAUACCAUGGGGAAUUCUGCUUCUCCUUGGAGGAGGUUUCGCUCUUGCUAAGGGAAGUGAAGUAUCAGGACUCUCAAAGUGGAUGGGAGAUCAGAUGACACCUUUGCAGAACAUUCCUCCCUGGGCGAUUGCUAUCAUUUUGUGUCUGCUUAUUGCUACCUUCACAGAGUGCACCAGUAAUGUGGCCACUGCAACUCUCUUCCUACCUGUCUUGGCCUCAAUGUCUCAGUCCAUCGGAGUCAAUCCACUCUACGUCAUGGUGCCUUGUACUCUGAGUUCUUCAUUUGCCUUCAUGCUGCCUGUUGCCACCCCCCCGAAUGCCAUAGUCUUCUCCUAUGGAUAUCUCAAAGUUGCUGACAUGGCUAAGACUGGAAUAUUUAUGAACAUCAUUGGCAUCCUUUGCAUCACACUGGCCAUUAACACCUGGGGCAAAGCCAUGUUUCACCUGGACACUUUCCCUGCCUGGGCCAAUGUAACAGGCGUGUGAGUCUCGUUCUGCUUGAAGAUGUGAUCGAUGCACACCCUGCCCUCCAAAAACAGCUGCCAGAUACUAACACCUGUGGUCGGAGAGAAAGCACAGACGCAAACAGUGAGGUCUGUGCACUGUAUUACUGUCUGGGUGUUUUCACUGACAUAAGGGCUUUGCUACUGAUUGAAGGUGGAAAUAACUAUGAGGAAAAACAGAGAAUAAAUGGUAGUUAUGUGUGUGUGUAGGAGGGAAGUUAAGGCUAUAAUGAAGGUUCCCUAUAUCUAAAUACCUUGACAGAAUUUACAGCCUGUCAAUAUUUAUAUCCUUAAAUUUAAAGAAUCUAAGGUAUAUUAUAUUAGCAGCAAUUUACAGGGAUACCACUCCUAGUUUUAUAUUUUAUUUAAA